AUGGAUGAUUUCCUUGAAGAGAUUGAUUGCAGAUCAAAGUCAGAUGCAAUAGUUAUGAGGCUUCUGAGAUCAGCCAUGGAUAAAGCACAUGAAAAUGUGCAAUCUCAAAAUGGACCUAUAGAGUUUCUUCACAAGAGAUCCAAAUUUUAUGAAUUAGCAGCUAUCCUAGUGGAUGGUGGUCUCAGCAUUGUUGAAGAUGAGGCAGACAUUUUCGAGACAAGCCGUGAAAAGAUGCUCUCCGACUUGACAGAGAUCAAAGACUGGCUUCACAGGCGAAUCGAGGAAAUGCAGGUUUUGAUUGUGGAAAAAGAUAAGGAAUUACUGGAGAGGGAAGAAAAUGAGUUAAAGCUUAGACAUGCAUUGGAAUUAAAUGAGAGGGAGCUGCUCUAUAUGCAGGAGAAACUAGAAUUUGAAAGGGCCAAGAGUCAAGAUUUGCAGGACUUCAUACCCAGCAAUCAAGAAAUCGAGGAUGAAUCUCAUGGUGGCGAUUUUUGUGAUUUGAAGAACUCAGUGGAUCAGCAGGUUUUGAGCAUCAAACAGAGGUUGGAGGGUGAGCAUAAAAAGAGUUCAUCAACAAGGAGAAGAAGGGCUUCGAUUUCUUGUCCUUCGGACAAUGAACUUUAUUUCCAAUUCUUGGAAAACAACCGAAAUUUGGGUUCACAAUUCAUGGAAGGUGAUGAUCUUCUGAACCAUUUUCCAGGAAUCAAGCCGCUGAGUAGCUCAUUGAAGCCUGGAAAGAACAAUGCCAUGAUUCAGCAGAUGAGCUCUGAUAUAGACAUUUUGAAAGGAACUUUAGAUCUUGCCUUUGGAAGGAUGCAAAAUGCUGAGGUGUUCCCUUUGGAGAAGCAAUGGAAAUGGAGCAUCGAAAGGGACGUGCUUCUUGUUUCGCUACAUGGAUUCAUAUUUGACAGUAAAGAACAGUUUAAAGCAGAAUUUGAGAAGCGAGACUGCUCCUUUCCUCUUGCCUUCUCUGGGGUGAAACUCAAAGAAUUUAUCAAUAAUAUAAGAGUGUUGCAUGAAGAACUGAAGGCUUUGUGCAGUCAAAUUAAGGUAGAGGAGAAACAGGGCUUGCAAGAAAUGCCAGCUCCUCAAUCAUCACUCCAGCGAACAACAAGUGAACCUUUGCCGGAUUUUUUAACUAAGCCUCCAAAUGAGGAUCCAGAUUAUAGUGUAAGCCGAAAAGUAGCUAAGUUGGUGAAGAAUCAUGAAUCGUUUAUUCAGAAGCAGCGCAAGGAGUGGAAUCAGCGGACGCUGGAACUCCUUAAAAGAAAGGGGUCCUCAUCCAUUAAGCGAGAAAAGGAUCAUGAUGAACUGGAAAGUAGGAUUCAAAAAGCUAUUGUCGUACUGGAGAGGCUUAUCAAGUGGGAUGAUAGUUUGAGAGAAGGCAAGAAGCAUACUGAUGUUUUAAAGGCGAGUGCGACUAAUUCUGAUUCGAAAGCUACAGAAGACAUAAAUGUCGGCAUUGGUGCAGAUUUAGCUGAUGAAAUGAAAAAACUUAGACAAGAAAGAUUUGAUCUUGAAUUGCAAGUCUCGUUAAUGGAGGACAUCUACAUGCUUGUGUUUCGAGGUUCAAUGAAGAACCUUAAAGAUGAGCAAUUCAAUAAUGAAACGAAAUAUUCCAUUGAAGAUGGUAUUGGAGUUUCGAUGGCUGAUGGACAAGAUGACCUUGGAGUAACAGAAAAUAACAACUGUCUCAGCUUAAAGGUCAGCAAUUCAGCAAAAGAAACUGGGCAUGAUUUUCUACAGGAUUACUUGGAGAGCUCCAUCAGGGAGGAUGUACAUAAACGUUAUUUCCUAGAAACAAUAAUGGAAUGGAACAUGCAAAUGGAAUGCAAAGCUGAAGAUUGCCUAGUUGAGGAAGAGAUUCUAAGAGUUAUUCUGAAUGAGUUGAUUAAAGGCAUUGAACAAUCUAGUAAACAGGAUAAAUGCCGCCUUGAAAUGGAAGUGGCUAAUUUUUCUUGUUGUGUCACUUUAAUGGAAGAAAUCCAAGCUGUAUUCUUAAGAGGGCUCUUCAUGAGAUGGAGAUCAGAGAAAAUUGAUUUGGAGAUUGAAAUGCUUAUAAGGGAGGACAUUUAUCAGCUGUUCAUGGCUGAAAUGACGAAAGAAUUCCUCCAUGUCACGGUUCAACAAAUUGAAACAACAGAGAGGAUGAAAGAGUAUGAAGAAAAUAGUUCGCAUACUGAAUUGGAAGUUCCUGACCUGAAUGAAAAGUUUAAUUCAUUGUCCGAUGAUCAUGAAGAGGUUGGAAGACAAAGAGCAGGUGGCCAGAUAAUGAAGUUUGAUGAGAAAUGUGAUGAGGUCUCUGAGCAUGACAUUGUGAUCAAAAGCGAGAAAGAAGUUAUUUCGGUUCAGCAAUUGCUUAGCAGCAAGGCAGUUUCAGAAAAUAAGGAGUAUAAUCCAGACGUUACAAUAGAAGUCUCAAAAGAAAAUGAUCAUCUUACUGAAAUGGAUCAAAUAGAGAAAGAAGCCGGAAAACAACAGUUCAGUUUGGAACCAGAACAAGAUGAUGGUUUGCAACAGGAUAUAACUAUCACCCUACUGCCCCUGAUUGAUUUUCAGCAAGCUUUUAUGGAAUUUGAACAUAUGGUACACAAAAAGCUGGAGGCGAAAUAUUCAAGGAUGGACAAAUUGAAGCACCAAGUAAGCGCAUUAAAUGAAGCAGCGGUCAGGGUGCGAGAAAAGAAAUUGAUUUACAAGAAGGCAUUCAUAAGUAGAUGUGAGAACUUAUCAUUAGCUGAAACUGAGGUUGAUUUGCUGGGAGAUCAGGUGGAUAAACUUGUCUGCCUCCUUCAGAAUAUAUACCUCACUCUGCAUCAAAAUUCAGCUGUUCUGUCACAAAACUUUGGGGUUUCUGAAAUCAUGAGACGGAUAAAGAAAGAGUUAGCUGAAGGAGCAGCAUUUCCACCUGAAUUCGUCCGGUGA